AAUUUAGUUGGAAAGGACACUUGAGCCGCUGGUGCCAUGAAGAUCGUGGUGCGGCAAAUCAGUGGUCAGGUGGCGGAGAUUGACGUGAGACCAGACGCCACUCUCAAGGAGUUGAAGCGCCAUUUGCGGAGUUCCAUUCUGUGCGACCAGCUCACCCGACAGUUGGCCACCAUAGAAGUGGUGCUGGGUGUUUCCAAGCUGGAGGAUGAUGAAGCCACUGUGGCGGAGUUGGGCAUCAACGCUGGGACUGAAGUGCAAGUCCUCUUCAGCAUCAGGCCAGUGGAAUGCAGCAGCUGGCAUCAAUCUGGUGUGGAAGUUGAGGACCUGCUUGUGGUCAGCAUCCCGGCUUCCACUUUAACUAUUGGCCGUUUCGCCUUUGAGAAUUGCAGGCGUCUGGCACGAGUGACGCUAGUGGACUCUAUCACUUCAAUUGGAGAGCAUGCUUUCAGGAAUUGCAGCUCAUUGGCAGACGUGACAAUGCCUAACUCUGUGACCUUUAUCGGGGAACACGCCUUUAGGCAUUGCAGCUCAAUGGAAAGCUUGCAUAUGCCUGACUCUGUGACGGGUAUCGGCCGUAGUGCGUUCAGUCACUGCAGCUCUUUGACUCACUUGACACUGUCCAAGUCGAUCACACGAAUUGAGGGCAACACUUUCUGCAAUUGCACCGCGUUGGUAAGCCUGGCGAUCCCCGACUCUGUCACUUACAUUGGAAUCGAAGCCUUCAGGAACUGCAGCUCUUUGGCUAGCUUGACCAUCCCCACCUCAGUGACUUGCAUAGAGCACGGUGCCUUCAGAGACUGCAGCUCCUUGGUGGGCUUGACCAUCCCAAACUCUGUCAUCCACAUUGGGGAGUACUUCUGCAGCAAUUGCUGUUCUUUGACCAGUUUGUCAAUUCCGAGCUCUCUUGGCAGCAUUGAGCGCUUUUCGUUGGAAAACUGCAGAUCCUUGGUCACGGUAUCCAUCCCGGACUCUGUGACACACAUUGGCGAGUAUGCUUUCAGGAAUUGUAGCGCUUUGGCCAGCUUGACAAUCCCCGCUUCAGUGAUUGACAUUGGGCCUGGUGCAUUCAGCCAUUGCAGCUCAUUGGCCAGCUUGACCCUCCAUGAUUCUGUGACCUGCAUUGGGUGCAGUGCCUUCAGAAACUGCAGCUCCCUGACCAGCCUCCAACUCCCAGAAAGCGUGAUCCGCCUUGGGCGCCUGGCAUUCGCCAAUUGCAGCUUGCUCGAAAGCCUGGUCAUUUCGAAGUCGAUCAGCUCCAUUGCUGAACAUGCCUUCUCUGGAUGCAGCGCGUUGGUAACAUUGAGAAUCCCAGACUCAGUUGUUCGGAUUGGCAGUAGUGCCUUUAGCAAUUGCAGCUCGCUGACUGAAGUGACCUUCUCCGACGCCUUGCACUUCAUUGGGCCUGAUGCCUUUGGGAACUGCAGCUCGUUGACUAGUGUGACGAUCCCAGACUCCGUCACUUGCAUCGACCAUGGUGCCUUUCGAAGCUGUAGGUCCUUGGUCAGUCUGACCAUCCCAGAGUCCGUGACCUUUAUUGGACCUGAUUCCUUUGAAGGAACCAACUUUGUGGUCGACCAAAGGUCAAAGCGCCAACGUGUGGCGCAGUGACGAACGCGCGCAGUGAGCAAACAGUUUCCGCAGCAGUUUGCUUUCAGGUGGAACGGCAGGGGCG